CAAGAAACAACAAUGUGGGGCUCCUGAGCAGUCGGCUGCUCACAUUUUUUACAUUUUAGCCCUUAAAAUUGCACUGAUUAGACAAAUUAUGGACUCCAACGACGAGACAAAUUUCGAAAAUAUAUUCGCCAACAUUUGUUCGAGACUGAAAUCAACAGGAGAAGUCGAAUCGACGUCAAAACAGUUUGGUGCUCUGUCCACCGAUUACGAACGGUACAAUUUUGUGGAGCCCCUUCUAAAUGAUUUUGUACCGCCUCACAGCCUCCCAGGUUGCGCAGAGAAGUCUGAAAUUAAGGCCAGCUCACUCAGAGAGGCUGGCAAUGAAAAAUUCCGAAGGAAACUCGACCUGGAGGCCUUGGACUUUUACACAAAGAGCAUUCUUUUUGCACCAGCCGACUCGAAGAUGCUCGCUCUGGGAUAUGGAAAUCGAUCUGCUGUACUGAAAUCUCUCAAAAAGUACCACGACUGCCUAGCCGACAUAGACAGAGCAUUGAAUCUCAAUUUUCCUGAAAGCUUGGCAUUCAAGAUUUUGAUCAGGAAAGGUGAGUGUCUCAUAAAUAUUGGUCAGCAAGAGGAAGCCAUCCGAACCUUUCUCGAGGCUCAAGAUAAAAUCAAGCAAGCAAAUUUGAAUGAAGAGAAGUGCCAAGAACAACUGCAAAUCAUCGCCAGAUUGAUUGUCAAUUGCAAAGGAGCUGUGAAAAAUCCUGAAGAACCCAAUUUGGCUUGUGCACCUCUGCCGGCAAAGUCGUUUGACCAAAAUGAAGAAAUAAUUUGUGCAUCUAGCUGCGUAAAAAUUCAAUAUUCAGAUGAGAUGGGCCGUCACAUUUGUGCUACAAGAGAUAUUGAACCUGGUGACGUAAUUAUGGUCGAGCAACCGUACUCUUGGAUUCUCCUUCCUGAGUUUUUGACAACCCACUGCAGUUUUUGCCUCAAACGCUAUAAUGCAUUAGUGCCCUGCCCUGUCUGCGUCAAUGUCAUGUAUUGUGGAAACGACUGCCUCGAAGCUGCUGCUCAAAAGUACCACAAUUUUGAAUGCAAAUAUUCAUCUGCUGUGGUCCAACUCGACAUGGGAAAAAUGUCUCUGCUUGCCGUUAGAAUACUCACAAUGACGGAUCUGAAGUUUCUCUCCACAUUUCUCAAGAAGUCUCAUGAAGAAAAGCUAAUUCUUUCUCCUGAUGAAAAACGCACCCUUGCUUUCAAUCAAAAUAACCAAUAUGAUUCUCUUGAUUUUGCCCCAAUUUUCCACCUCAUUUGCAACACCGAAGCCAGAUCUGUUUCAGACCUUUUCAAACGCACCGUGAUGGCAGCUUGUCUGUUGAAAUGUCUUGAGCUGGACAAGCACAAGGAAGCUCCUCUUUUGGGAGCUUUUUUACUGCGGUUGCUCCAAAAUCUCCCUUGCAAUGCCCACGAAGUCUCGGAAACUGUCCUUCCGGGCAACGAAAAGGUCCCGAUCAGCUUGGAAAUUGGUGCAGCGGCCUAUGCGUGCCUGAGUCUCUUGAAUCACUCCUGCGACCCUAAUGUAGUCCGACAUUCACACGGAAACACGGCCGUCCUCAGAGCUAUCAAGUUCAUCCCAAAAGGGUCUGAAAUUCUCGACAACUACGGCUAUCAUUUUGCUGUCCACUCGAAAGAAAUCCGCCAGAGCCACUUGCGAUCCCAAUAUUUAUUCAAUUGUGCUUGCCCAGCAUGCUCAAAUUCCUGGCCACUGCAUUAUGAACUGCCAAAUUUGCCGCGUAGUGCCAAUAAAGAUAUUAUCGAGAUUGCAUCAAAAAAACUUGAGACUCUCAUCCACGAAAGUCUGGCCGGAAAGCAAAUUUCCGAAACUGACCUGAUCAAAAUUUUUGAACACCUGAAAUUUCUGGAGGAAAAGGGAGCCAGACUAUGCCAAGAAUUCAAUUGUUGCCAAGAAAUUGUAAAGCAACAUUUUGCCCGUCACGGGAAUUUUUACAAAAUCUAACACUAGUCAUUUGUGUCUUGCCAUUUUGCCACUAAUACUGCUUGAGAUUAAUGUAUUGCUUAUUAAGCUUACUAAUUUUUGCGCUGUAGCAAUUGUAAAUAUUUUGUACUGUGAAAGCCUUAUUUUCAGCCUGACUUAUAUUAUAAUGCUGUGUAAAAACCUUAACAAAACUACUUGACUGAAAAACGUAACGCAAUUUUGAAGUAUUAUGUAUGUUGAAAACUGGUGAUCUGAAAUCUGUCCUUUUAGAAUAUGAUUAAUAAUGCUGUUUCUGCCUUAAUUGUACAUGCCAUUAAUAUCAACUGUUGAAAUAUGUUAAAUAAAUAAUCAAAAGAA